AUGGAGAAGACCUACUCACUGACGGCCCACUACGACGAGUUUCAGGAGGUGAAGUAUGUGAGCAAGUACCAGAGCGGAACCCUGCCCAACGGCUUUGCUCUCCAGCUUGGCACCGGGGCCAAGAAACGCCGUGGAGGGCUGCCACGCUGGAGCCGUCGGGAGGUCUGCCUGCUCUCAGGGCUGGUCUUCGCUGCGGGGCUCUGCGUCAUCUUGACGUGCAUGUUGGUCCUCAAGUACCUGGCAGCUGAAGGGGACAGCUACUGCCUAGAGAAGGCCUCCCUGCGGGCAUCCCGCUUCCUCAGCUCUAACGUGGAUGCCCCCAUCGACCCCUGCCAGGACUUCUACUCCUUUGCCUGUGGUGGCUGGCUCCGGCGACAUGGCAUUCCAGAGGACAAACUGGUAUAUGGCACCAUCGGAGCCAUUGCUGAGCAGAAUGAGGCCAAGUUGCGGGCGCUGCUGAGCCGCCCCGUACGUCGCAGAGCCCCUGCUUCAGCCGAGAGGAAGGUCAAGGAGUUUUUCCGCUCAUGCCUGGACCGGGCUGAGAUCGACAGGCUUGGGCCCCGGGCCCCGCUUGCGGGC